UUUGUGCGCAUGCGCAGUUUCACGUAGAGCGUUUGUGGUUGCACAUGUUCGAGCAACGUGCUUGACGAAAAACACCUGUUUUCAGUUGCUACUAUAUACGACGUUUUACCCUAGAAUGUAAUGCACAGACUGUUUUAUUAAAACACGUUAUAAGAACAGAAUAAAGUUUCAGUUACGAGAAGAUUUGUUACCUUGGAGUUAGUUACUGGCAACUGCAUAAAGGAAAGAUCUAACUUGUUGCAAUGGCUGGUACAGCUGCCUUGCCUGAUGUAGCAGCAAACCAAGCUUCGGGUGGAAAUCUUUCAGAUGUUGAAGUACCAAGGAUAAUAUCAUGGGCUGAUGAGGGCAAUGAAGUUUCAAGCAGUGGUGAAGCAGUUGCAGAUGCAAAUGAACAAGAGGUGGAGAAUGAUUUGAACAAUGAUGAAGGUUGGAGCCAAGUUAAGAGCAAAGCGGUUAAGCAAGACAAUAGAUACCACGGGCAUAAUAAUCAUUACUCUUCACGUGGAGGGGGUAAGUUCCGUUCGUUUAACCGGAAGCCGAGAUCUCGCAAACAAGUUGACAAUGGCCCACAUGCUGGACCAAACACGCGUAAAGCUCAAAAUGAUAAACCUACAGAGGAUAAGGAAACGGUCCAAGAACCUGUUGCGCAGAAUGGAGUGGCUGCUGAGUCACAAACAAGCGGCGAUUCGGCAGAUUCUGAUACUCCGAAAUCUGAUACUGAUAAGAAGAACUUGGAACCAGAAUACGUAGACGCGCCGGUUCCAAAAGUGAACCCUUGGAGCAAAAAGGACAAUAUUGUCCAGACUGUCACAGUAAAGCAAGUGAAACCUGGCAACAAAGACGCAGUGGAGAAAUCUCCAGUUAAACGUAACACUCCAAAAAAUCCUCCUAAGCCAAAACCUGUCGCUAAACCCGCCCCACCCGUUCCAUCUGUGUGGACGAAACCCGCCCCUUCCCAAACACCUGUUGAAAUCAACAUUGGAAGUGAUUCUUCCUCUAUUCCAAACCAGAAGGAUCAAGAAUCCAAAGAAGACACAGUAUCGGACAUGGACAGUAGUGAUCAGGCAAGUGAUGCAAAGAAAGAAGGUGGAAAAGAGAAAUUGGAAACCUGGCCUACACUACAUGAUGCAGUCACCCCUCUUCAGUCACCUUCUUCGAAAGUUAAACAAGAUGGUGGUGCUGUCAAAUCUUCCACCAAUGAGAGUCCAGUGCUUAGUACAAGCAACAAACAAGAACAGAAAAAGAAAUACAAAAAGCGAGCCAACAGUUCAAGAUCAAGCCAUGAUGCGACAAACAAACAGUCAACCAGACAAGAACACAGAGGCGUAUAUGAUGAUAAUGAUACAGAUUCAUCCAAAGAAAAUGAUGGAAACAGAAAAUCUGGACCCACAACUCCAAAUGAGAGAAAAAAGGGAAAACCUCGUUGGGUUCCGCUGCCCGUGGAUGUUCGUUCUAAACGUGGCGGAAGAGGUGGAAGGAACCGAUCUUCUUCACCCAACCAUAUCAACAGAGCACCGAGAUAUGAUGGCAAGGGAGUAAGUCGAAGUAGAAACAACAGCAACAACAACAUGAUGAAUGAAAUGGAUUCUGACGGUCGAAGAAAAUGGGGUACGAGCCCCCGUUCUGACACCCGCAGACCCCGUGGCAGGGGCAGAGGCCGCAGUCGAGGCCGUGGCUCAUACCGUGGCACCUCUAGAGGUAGUUAUGAGAAAGCUUACAAUGCUGGUGAGCAUCUACCACCUGGUACACUGGUGGUUUAUGACCAAGCUGGUUUUGCAUUGCCCGUUGAAAUUAUUGGACAAGCUACAAUACUGGAGGAUGGAAGCCAAGUUUACGUUGCGGAUGAUAACUCAUAUGCUCCUAAUCUGGAAUACAUUAUGUGGCAGAUUGAAUAUUACUUCAGUCCUGAUAAUUUGGAGAGAGAUUUCUUUCUACGUAGAAAAAUGGAUACUGAGGGUUUCCUUCCUUUGGAUUUCAUCGCAAGUUUCCAGCGAGUACAAGCGUUGACUACAGAUAUAGAUGUUAUAUACGAGGCGAUCAAAGACAGCAAAGUGAUUGAAAUUGUUGACAACAAAGUUCGUUGCAAAGACAACCCUCUACAAUGGGUGAUACACGACAACAACGACAGCGAAGAUGGGAUACCUGUCCCCGGAUCGCAAUAUUCUCCUCACGGAUCCCAACCCCCAGUAAUCGUAUCUUUGAGUCCUACAUCCACAACAUCCGAGGAGUUUAUGAAUUCUCCCGCUCGUCGACAGCGAUCGGUAGAAGAUGCACCCCUGAACCCGAAGCCAAUCCAGGAAGAGAUUGUCGCUCACUCUGAGCUCUGGAAGUGGGUUGAUGCUCCGAGCUUUGUCCCGAAACGAUCCGUUUCAACAUCGAAUGAAACUUGCCCCUCUGUUAAUACUGUUCCAGCCAAAACUCAAAUGGAUUCGAACACAGAAACAUCGGAACAUGAUCCCAACCAUAGGGAAUGGUGGACCAAGGUUGAGAAGCAUCGACCUAACAGGAUAAAGAAAGUGCUUCAUAUGAGUGGAAAACCUGAGAAGAACAAACCUGAAAAUGAAACUGCAGAAGUUAACAAUAAUACAAAUGAAAAUAAAGAAGUCAAAGCUGGCGAGGAUAAAGGAGACACUCGUGAAGAAUUGGAUUUCAUGUUUGAUGAAGAGAUGGAGGAGCUUAACCUCACAAAGAAGAGUUUUACGAAGUGGGAUUCCGACUCAGAGGAUGAGGUUACGGAUGCCGAUAUAAGGAAGAUCAUUAUCGUGACACAGACUCCUCCGGCAUUCCGGAAACAUCCGGGAGGAGAUCGGACCGGUAGCUUUACAUCCAGGACAAAGAUGACACAGGAUCUAGCAUCAGUUAUCAAUGAUGGGUUGUAUUAUUAUGAACAGAAUUUAUGGGACUCAUGGGAUGAUGACAUUGAAAUUGAACCAGUUGACAGCAAAGGACAAUACACACGAGUUAACGUUAUCAGCCAGGAAGAUUUCAAAGGGAUGAAAGGAGGAAACCGCUCACAAGUUGAUUUAAGUCAGAUCACGCCACCUGGACCGCCAUCAAAAUCUUCAGUUGGUCCGCCUCCCAUUGUAACCACAGAUACAGAAGUUGGAACACCAGGCAGUCCCAGCAUUCGUGUUCCCGGGGCUAUCGCAAAAACCCCACGUACCCCACACCACAAAGAUUCGAAAAUUGCUCCUCGAUUUUACCCAGUGGUUAAAGAGAACACCGCUCCUGACCCUAAGACUCCCCGUAAGAGAAAGACACGGCACAGUAGUCAUCCACCAGAAGAACACCACGUUGGUUGGGUUAUGGACAUUCGUGAACAUCGAUCAAGGUCAAGAACUCCAUCUGUUAGCGACCGUGGCAUGAGUCCUCUACCAGAUGGUAGAAGAUUCCAAUCCGGCACCCCUCAUUCACUACCCAAGUUUGAACACCCCUCGCAUUCACUGCUUAAAGAAAAAGGAUUUGCUCAACAAGUUUACAGCAAAUACCACAGCAAGUGUUUGAGAGAGAGAGAUCGUCGUGGCGUCGGUCAAUCCCCCGAGAUGAACACGCUGUUCAGGUUCUGGUCGUUUUUCCUCCGUGAUAAUUUCAACAAGAAGAUGUUCGAGGAAUUCAAAUCUCUUGCUGUGGAAGAUGGGAAGCAGGGAUACAGGUAUGGUUUGGAGUGUUUGUUCCGAUUCUACAGCUAUGGGUUGGAGAAACGUUGUCGUCCAGAUGUUUUCAAGGAGUUCCAAGAAGACGUGAUUCGUGAUUAUAAAGAUGGGCAACUCUAUGGUUUGGAAAAAUUCUGGGCUUAUUUGAAAUAUUCUGGCUACCCACGUGGAGAGGUGGAUCCACAAAUCCAAACGUGGCUGAAAAAGUUCAGAAAACUUGAAGAUUUUCGAGUUUUGCCUCCCGUGCAUGAGACGGCCACUCCACCUGAGAACAACGAAGCGAGCAAACCAACAACGCAUCGUAAACGAAACCAAGCAACCGGUGACGCGCUAUCACGUGACAAGCGAUCUUAAUCCUUAUGCUGGAUCACGUGAUUGCACGAACGUUUUGUGACGUCGGCGCGCUAAUCACAUUUUCUCCGAGACUUUUUCGAUGGUUUUCGUUCCUUUUUUCCUUUUCGGUAUUCGACUGGUGAUUUUUGGCGUGUGAAGUGCUUGGGUGACGGUAUAUAGCAUGUAGACGCCUAUAUUAGGUGCAAGUCCUGGUCACAGAUGUAAACAAGGGUUCUAGAUUGGAUUUUCUGCCAAGAUUUGUGCAAGAAGGGCAUUAGCCGCUAAUAUGUUACGUGCGUUUUAAAAGAACAUUAUACUCGGCAAAAUGACUGCCAGGACAUCGUGAAACAGCCUGACAAGUUUAACUACAUAUUGUUUUAUUACUACCAAGAAUCGUUUAACUUUAAAUCCCCAAUAUAACCCCAACCAAUCUCGUUUAUCCCACUGUGAAAAAUUGGAUAAAACCCCCAAUAAGUACCAGUAACACCCAAGGUUUACCAGGCAUUCUAAUUGCUAGAGCAUGUUCAUAGCUCUCUUAUCCCAAAGUUCCCACUUAUACCAUAAUCAUGUAAAACCCGCCAAAAGCCUACUUUUUCUAUUUUUCCUGCAAGCUUUCGCUUUAAGCUUUGUUUUAUUGUGUUUUAAUGCAUUUUUCGCCUCUUCGUAACUUUCGUUCAUGUCAAUUUCGCCCCGACUUUGCUCAAAACCGCGCACCUCGUGCCUUAACCAAAGUUUUGCACACCACCACCACGACUGGAUAUACCCAAAACUUCAGCCAUAUGCUAAAACUAAUACUAAUCCAUUAAAAAACAAAAUUUUAGUUUAAGUGUGCCAUUGAGUUUUCGGUUCACUUUCGAUUCUGUGUUACCCUGGUGUUCAGUUGCGCAGAUGUAUCGUUUCAGUUUGUUACUAAAAUACCAACUCUGAUUAUUAAGCAACCCAUUACUGCCAGCCCUUUUUACCUCGGCCUGGUUUACCCAAUGCACCAACAUAUCUAUAGUUGCAACAAUAGUCAUGACAUUUCUCAUUUAUAAGAUUGAUGUCUUUUACCGUCAGUUUUAAAAGCCGCGGUUUUCACUAAGUUGUGUAAAUGUCGCCAAAGUUUCAUUUUUCCGAUUUUAUUUCUGGACUUUUAGGGGUUGGCGGAUGAUUCCUUUUGUUUAUUGUGUGUUCGGUGCAUUUUUGUGGGAACUGUAGCAGCGUAUGUAGCCACGGUUGCAAUAUAGACAACAUAGAGUGUUUGAACGCAUAUUGCAUGUAUGUUGCUUUCAUAUUGUGCAGAGGUACAGGGUUUUGUUUUACUGUCAUUUACCGCUCUCUAUAAACUUAAUUCAAACUUACUUUAAACAGUUUGCCAAACAACUAAGCUGCUUUGAGUGAAAAUGAAUUCGAAACAGUCUUAAUUUGUCUGUAACGGUUGUAUAUAUUCGACUUUGCCGCGUGCUUCCUACAUCUGUGCAAGUCUAUCGCGUUAAUGUUCUGUUUGUGUCCACCCAGCGUCUUUACGUCACUGUAUUACGUCAUAAUGUUGGUUGGAAUGACGGGAAGAACGGAUGGUUGUACUAAUUUUAAAUGUUCUUAAUUCUCAUUUUUUUGCUGCCCGUGCGCAAUUUUGUGUAAUUUAUGUGAACGAGGAUAAAAAGAACCAAAAAAA